AAGCCUAAGGGGCUAACGGAUGUUGGAGGCCACCGCUCUUAGGUUGGAUGAUCCCUCAAUUCUGGAACCUUGAAACAGGUUGAACUUAUGCCUUUAUGACAUGAUCGUAAACCGCAAUGACAUUCCCCCACCUAGCACGGCUCUCAUGUCAUGUGACCACUUGAGUCUGCCCUCAGACCAGUGUAUAACGUUUGGUUUUGAAUAACCAAUAUGACUCUGACCGUUUGCCUGAUUUCAGGUAGCCGCCGCCUUUAACCAAAAAAUGGGUGCACAAAGCAAGACUAGCAGACAAGGCUGCUACAUACCCGAAAACCAAUCGUUAUGCUUGCUCGUUGGACACUCUCAUGUUGCCUCACCCUGUUUCUCCGAAGCUACGAGCAGCGGACGGCCUUCCUCUUUUGGUCCGAGGUCCUGGUUUGGAGAGAUCCUUUGCCCACGAUCGCAGGACAUUCUUGCGCCAAUGUGCUGGAGCCGACGGCCUUUUGGGGCGCCCUGAGUUGGCAGAGCUCCUUUGGUUGGUCCAGGCAGAAGAGGAAGAAAUGCCUAUCGGGGAGAUGAACUCGAGGCAGGCCUCGGGACCUUCGGCGCUUGUGGUGGAGGAGGAGGAAGCUUCGGGUUGUUCACUGGUGCAAAAGGACAUUCUGUGGGCCUUGGCAGCUCAAGACACCGCAGAGAUCGAGGUGAACCUCUACCCCUUCGGCGGCCUGGACGAGAGCCUCUCUUUAGCUCGAUCUCUCAGGGAAGGUCGCUUGUGAGCAGCUUGUGAAGCUCGCAUUGUGGCGCUUGAGUGAGUCCAAGUGCGCAAGUGUGCGGAGAAAAAAACACGAUCUGCGAGGUUGAGAGGGUUUGGCAUGUUGGAUCCGUUGGAGUGAAAGAGGACCAGCUUCGGGUUUGGCUCGAGUCCUUAUGAGGAGAACGUUAGGACGGC